UAUCUCCUAGAAACGAGGAAAUUUGGUAAUGUUUAGAGAUAUCUAUUUGAAUGGAAUGAGGACCCUGUACUCCACCUCCCUCAGUAGGUAAACACCAGUCUCUGGGAGAAGAGAAUCAAAAUGUCUAAUAUAGUAGAAGCUGGAACCAUAGUGGGAGGUCCUGUCAAUAAUGAUACUGUAAACACGGCUCAAGUGCAAACCUCCAGGAAAGGCUUUUGUUCAGUUCGACAUGGGCUAGCCCUUAUCCUGCAUCUGUGUAAUCUUUCGAUUUCAACCCAACAAAUGAACAUGAGCAUUGCCUUGCCAGUUAUGGUGAACAACACAGCUCUGCCCAGUUCACCCAAUGCCUCCACAGAAAGGCCACCCACUGACUCCCAGGACAACUGGAAUGAAACUCUGAACGAAUCUAAGGCAGUGGCUGCUGUGUAUGACUGGAGUCCUGAAAUUCAGGGGAUCAUCCUCAGCUCACUCAACUACGGCUCAUUCUUGGCUCCAAUUCCCAGUAGCUAUAUGGCUGAAGUAUUUGGAACCAGGUACUUGUCUGGUACCUGCAUGUUUAUUACCUCAGUCCUGGCGCUCUUCACUCCACUAGCAGCUGAUACUGGAGUGACUGUGCUCAUUGUCCUACGGGUCAUCCAAGGCAUAGUCCAGGUUGUGUUAUUAACAAGUCAGUAUUCAAUCUGGGCUAGAUGGGCUCCACCACAAGAAAGGAGUCAACUCAUCACCAUUGCUGUAGCAGGGUCAGUGCUGGGCUGCUUCAUCAUCUUCAUUGUCGGUGGUUACCUCUGCCAGACUAUAGGAUGGCCUUAUGUCUUCUAUAUCUUUGGUGGAAUUGGCUGUGUCUGUUCUUUUCUCUGGUUUGCUGUCAUUUAUGAUGACCCUGUGAAUCAUCCAUUUAUUAGCACUAGAGAGAAGGAAUAUAUCGUCUGUUCACUGGCUCAACAGGGUUCUCCACCAGGCUGGUCUCUUCCCAUUAAAGCUAUGAUCAAAUCACUACCACUCUGGAGCAUUCUCAUCUUUUACUUCAGUGAUUUCUGGCAUUUUUUUGUCCAGACAUCAUACUUACCAACGUUCAUCACCUCUGUAUUUCAAGCUAACAUCAGAGAUAGUGGGAUACUGUCAGCCCUGCCGUUUGCUUCUGCCUGUAUCUGCGUUGUCCCUGGAGGUCUACUGGCAGAUUUUCUCCUCUCCAGAAAAGUCCUCAGACUCAGUACCAUCAGGAAACUCUUCACUGCUAUAGGGGUUCUCCUCCCAGCUGUGCUCUUCACAUCUGUUUUCUGGCUUAGAUCCAGCUUCAGCACUGCCAUAGCCUUCUUGACAAUCUCUUCUGCCUUCAAAAGCUUCGCCCAAUCAGGAGCCCUUGUCAACUUCAUGGAUAUUGCUCCUCGGUACAGUGCCUUACUCAGGGCACUAUCACAAAUCUUUUCUUACAUGGCAGGAGCCAUCUCUCCCAUGGUCAAUGGAUUUUUGAUCAGUCAGGAUCCAGAGCUUGGUUGGAGAAAUGUCUUCUUGCUUUCAGCUGCUGUGGGCAUACUAGGCCUGAUUUUCUACCUCAUUUUCGGCCAAGCAGAGGUGCAGGACUGGGCUAAAUGCAGACAUGCACACACUUCUGAGCGAACUGAGUGACGCCUCGGAUGCCAGCGCUUAGUUGUUCACUGUUUGCCCUCAUGGACAUUCCCCUUUCAUACCUGCUUGACUAAUUAGCCUUUCAACUUGAAUUGACUUUACUUCCAGUAUCUUCUCUGAGACCUCAUCUAUGUCAUACUGAAAAUUUUGCCUGGAGAUUUUACAAGGGAUGGUGAGGGGAAGGUUGGUUAUUUAACUCUAAGCUCCCGAGAGCAUAGGUGUAUCUGAAUUUCUAUGUGUUCUCCACUCUUUUCACUGUUAUUGCAACAUAUUUGGUAGAGAUGAAAUACAUAUUUCUUAUAAUGGCACAGAGCUCCUAAAAUCCUUGUUAAUUUCUUGAGUGAUAGGAAAGAGAGAAGAAUCUUUUAUUAUAAUAUUUGGUCUUAGUCCUUGGUUCCAGACAGAAGAGCUUCUAAGACCCUCGGUAUCUCUGGAGUGACCAAGGUGUCUUUAUGGUAUACUAAUGAGAUGACUGGGCCUGGGGGCUCUAGAUAGCUUCAGGAUGGGGGUUGGUUGCCAAAAAGACCAAGACUUGAUUAGAAGGUUGGAACUUUCAGCUGUGCCAUCCCACAUCUGGGGAGGGGAGAAGGGCUUGAGAUUUAGUUAUUCAUCAAUGGCCAGUGAAUUAACCAAUUAUGCCUACACAAUAAAAUCUCCAUAAAAAUCCUAACAGUGGGGUUCUGAGGAUUUCUGGAAUGGUAAACACACAGAGGUUCUGGGAAUGGUGCAUCCAGAGAGGGCAUGCAAGCCCUGCAUCCCUUCCCACAUAGCUUGCCCUAGGCAUCUUUUCUGUUUGACUGUUCCUCAGAUGCAUCCUUUAGUAUAUAAACCAUUAACAGUAGGUAAACAAUUUUCCUGAGUUCUGUGAGUCAUUCUAGCAAAUUAUCAAAUUUGAAGAGGGACCAUGGGGACCCUGAGUUCUGAAAAUAAAUCAAACAGAAGUCUGGGUACCUUGGGCACCCACUGUUUUGAUUGGUGUCUGAGUAGCUGUUCUCAAAAUUGAGUUAGGUAGGAUCUUGGUGUCCACAGAGAACUGGAGAACUGCUUGGUGUGGAAGACCCACAUUUGCUGUGAGAGUGUUGUAAAUAGAGAAACAAUCUUUCUUUGGUUAUCCAGAUACAAGAUAGAGAGGCUAGAGGACAACUUCUCACCAAAGCAAAAGAGGACGCCAGAACCACGGGGCGUGAAGACUGACAGUCACAAUAGGA